AUGCAUAUUGUUAACUCAUCACCAACUGAUAGUAAACUAAGUACAAUUAUAAUCCUUAUUCUUAAAGGUUUACUAGCCACCAUAAAUAUGGCAAAAAUGCUGCUAACUAUUUUCGGUCUAUUGAUCUUGCAUCAGGAUGUAGUUGAAGCAACUUACACAAUGAAUGAAACGUGCGCCUACUAUACUGGUUAUAUUGCCAAUCCAACUAACUGCCAAGGUUGGGGUGCUUGCGAAGAUGGAGUACUGAAAGCUACAGGAAAUUGUAGCGAUGGCUAUCUAUACGAUUCGAAAAAAGGCAUUUGUAAUUACGCAAGUAAAGUAACGUGCGGUACCUCCGCACAGAAUAUUUGUGAGAAUUCGGACGAUAAUACUUUAGUCGCUCAACCGAGUGACUGCACGCAAUAUUGCUAUUGCAAAAACAAAACCAUAAUGGGAUGUACGAAAUGUCCUAACAACCAGCUUUACAAUCCGAGCUUAGGCACUUGUGUUAACACAUAUACUUGCCCAGCGGAUUCCAUUUGUCGUUUAAUUCCCAAUAACGAGUUUGCUGGAUCCGAAACGUGUGGCAAUUACUUGAGAUGUCUAGAUGGUUCGGGAACUGAAAGUGCAUGUAAAACCGGCUAUUUUAAUGCCUUAACUGGAAAAUGCCAAACCACUAAUCCGUGCUCUACUGUUAGCACAAGUACACUUGCACCUGAUACAACCAUAUGCUCGAAAUAUACACUAACCUCUGGACCCCAGUAUUUCGCGGAUGAUUCAACAUGUUAUGGCUACUAUACUUGUGAUAGUACAACCGGAACGGGUAUAUGGAGAUCAUGUCCAUACACGUUUAAUUUCGAUAGCACAACCAGCACGUGCGUCCAGGCUAACCAAGUUAAAUGUUUGAAAAAUCGUUGUGCAAACAUCAAUCUCACUUUUGUCACUGACCCAUCAUCAAGCUGCGAAAAAUAUUAUUAUUGUAGUGAUGGCCAACAAAGUACUACAUCCACGAGUUGUCCAACAAACGCUCCAUAUUUUGAUGAAGUUCUCCAAGCUUGUGUCCCAACGGCUCCCUCGUAUCCGAUUUGUACUUGA